AUGGUCAACAUAGUAAACGAUUCAAGAGUCGAUUUAAUUCCCAAUUCAUUCUCACCUAGAAUCGUAAUCUUUUCAAGUGAAGAAGUCAAUCAAGCAUGCAAAAGAAAUCGAUUAUCUAACUUUGCUUCUUUACUUCAACCGUUUCAAUCGAUUCCAAAAGUAUCCGUACGACAUUCUAAUUAUGCAUCGAUCAUCAGACCUUCGUUUCCUCUGUCAUUCAUUCCAGCUGAGAGAUUACGUGAUGAAGUCAAUGAGAUCGGUAGAGAGGAUGAUUCGAUUUGGUUGGAUCGAUCAAUCAAUAAGAUCUUGACUGCUAAAAACUUGUCAAAAUGGCUCUCAGAAUCAUCUCAUCCUAUACCUAUACCUCCUACUACCGGUCCAUUCAAGCUCAAAGAAGAAAACGAAUGGAUAAACGAAUCAAUUCUCCAGGAUCUUCCUGAACCGAUCACCGAAUCAGCACCAUGGUACAACGCAUUUCUCAAAUCUGUCCUAGAUCGGAGACUCCCAACAGUCUUCGAUACCAGUAGUCAUCCUAUAGCAGCCUUGAUAGUAGUAUCAACCAAUGACCCAGAACCUCUCAACGAGUUUGCCAAACUUUAUGAAGAAAGUAAUACGUCAGGACUUGGAUGGCCAAAUGUACCAUGGUUAGAUACAGAACCGAUUUUGAGAUAUUAUGUUUUAUUACAUGAAACUACGGAAGAAUUUGAUGGUGGUCGUCAAGAAGCUAAUCAAUUACUUCAAUCGGUUUCCAGAGCUUAUGGUUUACAUUGUGGGAUUGUUUGUAUGAAUUCAGAAAAAACUGAGUACAUUAAACGUCAAAGAGCUUUAAAUACUGAUCCUCAUUUUAAAUAUGAUCAUUCUCAUGAUGAUACAGAAGGAAGAAUCGAAGAUUCAUGGGCUCAGUAUCAAUCUGAAGUUGAUGAAGAAGGGAACGAGGUAGAUCCUAAUCAAAGGUUUGGAGAAUGUAUGGCUCAGGAAGAUAUCUUGGGUCUUAAAGUCUUUUUGAGAGAAUUCACAAUUCAAAGCUUGGUUCCUCAUAUGGAAAGAUGUGUUCAACAUUGGAAUGAAUCGCUAUCAGCUUCAAGAAAAGGUAUCACAGGUCGACUAUUCAGUGUUGGGCGAAAGUAUUUCUCAAAGCCAGACUCAUCGGGAUCAUCCUCAUCAUAUAAUCCUACCAUGCGUUGGUAUCCUUACCAGAGUACUGAAUUUCAAACUCGUCGGUUAGCCGAUUACGCAUUCAUGUUAGGUGAUUAUAAAUUGGCAUCACAGAUGUAUGAGUAUGUGAGAAAGGAUGCAUUAGGCCAUAAAGCUUGGUCUUACUAUCUCUCUUCCACCCAUAUGGUCGGACUUUGUUCAUUACUUUUAGUCGUUCCCAGUAAUCAAACCUUUCAAAACUUCGAUCCAUAUUCAUAUCUUUUCGAUCCAGCUGCUUUAAGUCAAAUGAGUGUUUUUGAUUCACUUCGUAUCACCUUGAUUUACCAUGAAGCAUGUAAAUCUAUCGGGGAAUCGAAAUGUAUGGCUUCUUCACUCCUUCAAAUGGCAACUUUGGUAUGUGCUAGACAAACCCUCCACUGGAUGACAUAA